ACCCGAUGGGAGAUUGAACUUGAAUUUGUUCAAUCAUUAAGUAAUAUUCAAUAUUUGAAUUAUCUAGCUCAAAGUAAUCAUCUUCAAGAUCCAAAAUUUAUAAAUUAUUUAAAAUAUCUUCAGUAUUGGACUCAACCAGAAUAUGCUAAAUAUCUUGUAUAUCCUAAUUGUUUACAUAUAUUAACUUUAUUACAAAAUAAAGAAUUCAGAGAAUCUAUUGUUAAUCCUGAAUUUAUGAAUAAUUUAAUGAAUGAUAUGGUUAAAAGAUGG